ACAAAUCCCAGUUUUUUUAUUUGGAGGAGCCGAAGCACUACUCACAAACCCCUGUUUGGGAUUUGCACCAUCAACGGGAUCGCCGGGUAGGGAGACGAAGAGCUUCUCUAGUUUGCAGCCAUGGCCGAUGAUGACUACAACGAUGUCGAUAUGGGGUAUGAAGAUGAGCCACCAGAGCCUGAAAUUGAAGAAGGUGCAGAGGAGGACAUAGAUAACAAUAACAAUGAUGAUGUUCCAGGGGAGCCCAUUGAAACUGAGGAAAAUGAGGACAAGGAAGUAGGGGAACGCGCUCGUAAAACGUCUAAAUAUAUGACAAAAUAUGAGCGUGCCAGAAUACUGGGAACUCGUGCACUGCAGAUCAGCAUGAAUGCUCCUGUGAUGGUCGAGUUGGAGGGUGAGACUGACCCACUUGAGAUUGCUAUGAAGGAGCUUCGUGAGCGGAAAAUACCAUUCACCAUUCGUCGCUAUCUGCCUGAUGGAAGCUAUGAAGACUGGGGAGUUGAUGAGUUGAUUGUGGAGGACUCAUGGAAGAGACAAGUGGGAGGUGAUUGAUCAGUCAGUGUGUCAGCGAUCACAGAAGGGGUGCUGAAUAGCAAGUUUUCGUUGCCAAAAGAGAAAAGAAAACAGUGACGUAGAUUUGUGAGACUUUUCACCACUAACCUAUUAAUAUAAACUCUAGUUAGUUGGCGUCAGACUAAUACUUUUUCUGGGUUUGUGUAUGAGUAUCUUUUUAAAAUCAUUGUGAACAUUGCAUUGCAUGAACUCUUACUCGAACUGUUUUUUGUACAAUUCUUUAAACCUUCCAUCCCCUUUCAACAAUGCAGUCCAUUUUGCA